CCGUCUCAGCUUCCCCAUGAAUCGGGGGCACCCAGUCUUGAGGGCGAUGGCAUCGCACGCGAAUCGGCCCGCCCCCGGGAUCUCGGAGGAGGUCCGAGAGUUUGAGCGCCUCUUCGCCCGGAUGCGUGAGGAACUGCCCUUCACAGUUUCCAGUGUGAUUUGCUCUCUUUGCCAGUGUCCCUUCAAGGAUGCUGUGUCCAUCCUGACCUGUGGCCACCACUUCUGUCGCGAGUGUCUUCUGGAGGAAGGCCGCUGGCGACAAACCUGCCCCGAGUGCGCGGCACCCUAUUACCAGCGCGAAGUCACCGCAUCCACCAGUGUUCAGGCAUUCUUGGACAUUCUCCCGGAAAUCCUGGCUCUCCUGGGGAUCGACCCCUCGCCGCUCACGGCCGAACACGAUCCCGACGACGACCGGGAGUUCUCCCUCCCGGUCGCCGUGGACUACGCACACUUCGCCCCCUUCCGCGAGCACAUCCCUCGAGAGCCUUCGCUCUCGCCACCAGCACAGCCGGGCCCGGCCCUGCUUGCCUGUACAUCGGAGGCCGACCCGCCGGUGGACGCCGAGAUGGCCGACCUGCCGCCGGCUCCUCCCGGACGGCAGAAGCGCCGCGGUCGUGCCGCACCCGUCGAAUCGCCCCCGGCCACCAGCCCCGAAGAGCAUGCACCUGCCCAAAAGGCGUGCCAGGCAUGUACACUUCUCAAUCCCCCCCGGGCACGUCUCUGCCGCGCUUGUCGAACCCCCCUCGCACCUCGGGCCCCAAUUGCGGAAAUCCCGCCGGAUGCAUCCGCGAGCGGGCGCCCGGCAAAGCGCCCGCGCUUGGCCUCUCCCCUUUCAAGCAUGGAGGCCUCCACCAACGAGCCCACCACCGAGGAUGAGGCUGGCCCCUCGACACCCCGGACACGGGAGCCGCGCAAUGCCUCCGCCCUCGGUCGACGGGCUGCCCGGUCGCAACGUCUGCCGUCAGACAUUACCAAUCAGCCGAGCACCCCCACCCUCCCGGUGCCGGAGUCCCUUCUCACAUCCUCCUCCCUUUCCAGUCAGGAAGAAGGGGGACGGGGAAAUGGAGCCGAGCCCCUGGUGGAACUCCCCCCCAGUCAGGAGACUUCCACUCUGUCCGCGGGUCUUCCUCGGCGCUCGGCCAUCCAAGAUGCGGUGGUCAUCUUCUCGGGCUUCCGGCAGGAUGAGCGAGCCAUCCUGGAACACUCGCUGUACAAUGCUCGCGCCGGGCUGGCCGAGCGCAUUCGCGUGCAUGAUGACUUUGAGGAUGCCUUUGCCAGUGUUCGGAGACCGAGCGGCCCCGGCCAGACCCCUGGCCGGGGCCGCUCCGCCGGGCGUGCAUCCCCCCGGCCGUCGGCUGUCCUAGCGGACGCCGCCGACACAUUGGCUGUCACGCACUUGGUAGCCAAGUGCUCGACGGAUAUCAUCUCCUCCCUGCUUCCGGCCAUGUCGACAGCUGAUGCCCUGUCCCGAUCGGCCGAGCUCCGGACCUGCAAGCGCACGGGCAAAUACCUCCAGGCUUUGGCCAUCGGGGGAAUAUGGAUUGUUGAUGAAUUCUGGUUCUCGGAGUCCUGCCGCCGCGGCCGGCUUUUGGCUGAGAGCCCCUUCGAGGUUCUUGGUGACCGAACCUGCGGAAUCACUCGCGGGCCGGAGCUCGCCCGGACCGGGCGUACUUCCAAUACCAUGGGGCUCUUUCGCGGGACGACAUUCGAUAUCAGCCUGCUUCCGGCGGGGCUGCGGCACCAGAUGGCCUCGCUCCUGCCGCUGGCUGGCGGGAUCAUCACUCAGCGCGACUCGCCGGGACUGCUGCAGCAAACCGCCUCGCCCCUGCGCACGCCCUCGCCCGCUCGCUGGGGACGUGCGGGGACCGCGGGUGCUUUGGCUGCUGCCACUGCUGCGGCCAGCCUUGCCCGGCGUGUGAGCCCUCGCCAGAGGGCUCGGGCCCGGCAGAUGACACCAGUUCCCCUGGAGCAGCUGGAUCUCAGUCGGCCCCUGAUGCUGGUUGACAGUCGCGAGUGUGACGCCCAGGUUGCGGAGACUCUGCUGGCAGCGGCCUCCGGACCGCGCGGUCCAGCUCAGCUCGUUGAAGCUCAGGACAUCCUCCGCUGCAUCUCCGAGUGUCGCCCUCUUCCGGCGGGGCCCUGCCCCCCGGGCGGCAGCAGUGAAACCAGCGACAGCGACACCGAGUCCGAUGGCGAAGAGCGACAAACCGACGACGAUGAGGCCGAUGUCGACAAGGAGGCCAGCUUGCAGUCUGGCCCUGCUGGGGUGGAUGCUGUUCCUCCGGCCGCCGAACCCGAGUUGCUAGAGCCGCCGGUCACGCCAUGCAAGGCUGGAGGGGGGUCGCGCGGCCGUGGUCGCACCCGGCUGGCCGGGAAGAUCUGAACUACC